UGCGUUACCAAAGGCCUAAAAGCCGAUCCAAAGGUAUCGAAUCCCGAAACGCCACAAAGCGGCCUUCCGACAAUCGCCAAACGCCAUAAUAACCCUAGAAAUUAAUUUCACCUCUCAUUUCGUUCCUAAAAACCCUGUGAUCGUUGCAUAUCUUUUCCCUCUAUCUACACACAGUCGCCUGGAUUUUCUUUCCACCUAUUCCAUUUCGUUAAUCGUUAUCCGUAUACGUCCCUUCUCGUUUACUCGUCGGCAUCCACCAAAACCCUAGCAAUUUAAACUUGCCCGAUAUCGUUGCUCAGGUAUUAGUUAGUGAGAUCUCAUCACUUCUUCAUCUUUAUUUUUAAGUUUUGCUUCGGCUCGAGUUUAUAUGCUGCAUUUUAUGGCCGGACUAGCUGACAGGCAAGGUCCACAUGAGUGGUUUAGAGGCCAUUGAAUGCGCUGCAAAAGGAAGGAAUGAGGAUAAGGAUUUCAAUUGGAUCAUUGAUAGCUUGCUGUCCUGGUUUUCAGUUGUGAUUGUUUCUAAUCUACGUAAAACUAAGGACUUGUCUCCGGAUAUCUUUCCACCUGUUUUCGAGCUUUGAUUUUUGUUAAUUGGAAAGCUUCUUAAGUUUGAUCUUUUAUGCGUCAUUUUCCUCCUGGAAGGCUACGAUAGAAUAUCACGAAAAGAGAUGGCCAUAACCAAACCUGAGGCUAUGAAGUCCUAUAUCUGGCUUCAAACAGCUGAUGGCUCUAUACAGCAAGUGGAGGAGGAGGUUGCCAUGUUCUGCCCUAUGAUAUGUCGAGAAAGAGUUCAGUCAGGCAUGGGAUCAUCCAAAAAAUUUGCUUUAUCUUUACCUGAGCGAGUAAAUCCAGCCGUUCUCAGCUUAAUACUUGAUUAUUGUCGGUUCCAUCAAGCUCCUGGGCGUUCAAACAAGGAGCGGAAAUCCUUUGAUGAAAAAUUUAUCAAGACUGAUACAAAGCAGUUAUGUGAGUUGGCAUCGGCAGCUGACAGUCUUCAGUUGAGGCCUUUGGUAGAUCUCACUAGUCGAGCGCUUGCCCGCAUUAUAGAAGGAAGAACACCUGAAGAGAUUCGUGAAAUAUUCCAUUUACCUGAUGAUCUUACAGAGGAGGAAAAAUUGGAGCCUUUAAGAAAUGCCACCAAUGAUCCCCGUAUCCGUUUAUUAAAUCGAUUAUAUGCAAAAAAGAGAAAAGAACUCAAGGAACGACAGAGAAUGAAGGAUGAUGAAGCUGAAGAUCAACAUGCGGAUGAACGUUCAGUUGACGAGCUAUUAUCUUUUAUAAAUGGAGGAGAUGGAGAUUCAAAGUUUAUCAGGUCUGCUAAAAAUAAAAAGAAAAACAGGAGAAGAAGAGACCUAUCAGAAGAGCCUUCUACAAAUGAACUCAGUAGUAAACAGAUGGAAUCAACAAGUCAUUCUGUGGGAUUCCAUGAGUCUGGUGCAGGUAUUUCUUCAAGUUCUGCUAGAAACUCAGAAAUGCAGUAUGAUUCUGAAGAUGCUUUCCCAGGAAAACUUGAGUUUGAUGAUGAUUAUGUUGAUGAUGAGCUAGACCCUGCAAUGAAGGAAGAACUUGACAGGGAAGUGGAGGAUUUUGCCCGAAGGUUGAAUUCUAAUUGGUUGUCGUCAAGUCAAGAAAGAAGGGUUAUUCCAAAUAUAACGAAUGGCAAUGGAUUGAUCCCAAGAUUUGAAGGGAAGUAGACACCACCAUACUAAGAUGUUGCGAGGAAGUACUACUCUACUCGAUCAGAGAGAUUUACGGCUUUUGCUACAUAUUCUUUCAGUUCAGUUGAAUGAGAGCCAUACAUUUUUCUUCAGCCUGGGAUCAAAAAUUUCACCUGUAGCUAUAAAUUUCGAGAUCCUGGAGCUAAAAAAGCCAGUGCCUGUGCCUCAGGAGCUGCUGACUUCAUAUUUCCCGUCCAAAAAUCAUUUCUUCGAAUUUUCUUGAUGUGAUAUGAAAAGCUCGAAAUUGGUAAUAACCAUCAGUGUUUUCAUCAGUCGCUCUUGUAAUAGCUUGUCAGGUUCUUUUUACAAAUUACCAUUUCUUUAUUGGUUUUCAAUGUCUACAUUCUUGUGUUGUUCUUGGUAACUUCUUAUAACCAUCGCUGCGAGCUGAGCAGUGUGAUGUACCCUUGUUGGAGCUAACAACCUUGUAAAAGAUCUGUUCAAAUUUGUUAAAUUCUUAUUCUUUUUUAUUUUUGAAAAUUUUAUAUUGGG